CAAGACUGAUUCUCUCCCAGCUGACACAAGGAGUAUUUGAAUUUUUCUUAAAGCCGGGACCAUGAUGAUCCCAAGCAUUAUUGCGCCUCCUGCCUUCUACCCCGGGCUGUACCGGCCCGCCGCGGCUCUCCCGCUCCACCAGACCCUGCCGUCGGCCUUCCAGACCCACUCCAGCUUCUUGGUGGAGGAUCUGCUGCGGAUAAGCCGUCCCGCCGCCUUUAUAAACCGGACUGUCCCGUCAGCGAACGCCUCCGUGACAACAGCCACCACCACCGUGUCCACCGGCGGCGCGCUGGAGCGCACGGUAGCGGUGGGUACGGGGACGCGCGAAUCGUGCUCACCUAAAACAUCGGUGCCGAACAGCAAGGAUCCGAGUUUUCUCAAGUUUGGAGUGAACGCCAUCCUCGCACCCUCACCAAAGACUGCGUCCUUACCCCCUGCAGUCCACAGUCUGAACACCAAGACCUUCCCCGUCCCCUGCUUUGACGCAACCUUUCACCCCAUGUUCAGGGCGCCUUAUUUACCAGCAUCUUCAUCCGUUGUUCCAAUCCCGGGGACUUUUUCGUGGCCCUUGGCAGCCAGAGGAAAACCCCGGAGAGGGAUGCUGAGGAGGGCGGUGUUCUCCGACGUGCAGCGCAAAGCCUUGGAGAAAAUGUUUCAGAAACAGAAAUACAUCAGCAAGCCCGACAGGAAGAAGCUGGCAUCUAAACUUGGCCUAAAAGACUCGCAGGUAAAAAUUUGGUUUCAGAACCGACGGAUGAAAUGGAGAAAUUCCAAGGAACGAGAGCUGCUGUCUUCCGGUGGAUGCCGCGAGCAGACGCUGCCCACCAAAGCCAACCCGCACCCGGACCUCAGCGAUGUGGGCAAGAAGUCCUCAGCCGAAGAGGAAGAGGGUUCCACCAUCUCCUCUCCCUCCCUCUCCAGUAAGCACUCGGAUUUCUCGGAGUCAGAUGAAGAGGAGAUAACAGUAUCUUAAUUUAUUUUGAAAAGCGAGUAUAGAGUUAUAACCCAUGAUCUGUUUUUAUGAGACUGUG